AUAAGCUAGUUCUUAAAAAUACAUUUUAUACCAACUUUCUCUUUCUCUGAGGAAUUUUAAAAUAUUUUACAUGUUUCCCCUUAGUUUAGAAUACAUGGAGUUGUAAAUUUCCAUGCCUCUUUUCCUAACAUUAAGUUUUAUUAUUAAAAAGCAACUAGCGUUUGCACAAAGAGUAUAAAAAUCCAGUUUUUUCAUAAAGGUGAAUUUAAGUAUUUUUACUGAUUGAAAUGUGGAAAUAAACCAAUCUUUCAAGAGAAUGUAUUAGCAAAUGACUCAAUUCUUAUUCUUCUUCUCCCAAGAUUAAAAAAAAAAAAUUGCCAUCAAAAGCAGCUGAGAUAUCUCACUGAAGUAGGAAUCUAAAGAGCUCCUCUGAGUGGAUAGAUGUCAGUAACACUUAAACACAUCUAAAGUUGCUGUUUGUUCUUAAAAGCUUUCCUGGAUGUUCUAGCCCUUGACCUAGGUCAUCUUUGAACUCCCUUUCCAAUACAGUGUUUUGUCAGAAGCGUCCGCGCCGCGAGGAGGCCCUGCUGAUUUCCGUGCGGGCUCUUGUCAGGAUGGUGAAGCUAUUCAUUGGAAACCUGCCUCGGGAGGCCACAAAACAGGAGAUCUGCUCACUCUUCGAGCAGUAUGGAAAGGUGCUGGAAUGUGACAACAUUAAGAACUACGGCUUUGUGCACAUAGAAAACAAAACUGCAGCUGAGGAUGCCAUAUGCAACCUGCACCGCUACAAGCUUCAUGGAGUGAACAUCAACGUGGAAGCCAGCAAGAGUAAGAGCAAAACCUCAACGAAGUUGCAUGUGGGCAACAUCAGUCCCACCUACACCAACAAGGAGCUUCGGGCCAAGUUUGAGGAGUAUGGUCCAGUCAUCGAAUGUGACACUGUGAAAGAUUAUGCCUUCGUACACAUGGAGCGGGCAGAGGAUGCAGUGGAGGCCAUCAGGGGCCUUGAUAACACAGAGUUUCAAGGUGGGAUGUAUGUGGACUGAAAUUCCGAGCUGCGAUUGUGUGUGAGAAUACACCCUUCAUGGUACCCCAUCUCCGUGACGUUCUCGGCUCUGUGCAUUCAGUCCCUCAGGAACCCUGGACCUUAAUUUACCUUACUGAGUUCAGACCUUCUCUUCCUUUCCUUUCCUUUCCUGCCCACUUUCCUGUUCUUCCUACCCUUCAAUACUUCUGUAGCCUCCCAUUCAUGUUCUGUCCUCCCAGCAGGCCUCAUUGUGUGCAGAAACUGUGGUGGGGGCAGAGCUACCUCCUCCCUGCUUCCUGCCUCCAGUGGGUGUUGGAUUUGGGGAUGACCUUGGUGAGAGUCUCACUGCUUCUGGGUCUUCUUUUUUGGGCCAAAGGCUAGACCUAUAGAGUUGGAUCACUUUUUUCUUUCCAGUGAAAUAAAUGGUUUUUCAACUUAAAAAAAAAAACUGAAAAUA